AUGUCGGUGACGGGAGGAAGGUCUUUAGCAGAUAAUCCCGGUGAUAAUACCACAAAUACCCCAGCAGCCUCGGACAUUGACCGCAAGUUCUUCGAGGCGAAUGGCGACCUGCUGGCGGCCAGUAUCCGCGCCGCCCAGUACGCCACCAAAGUGGCCUUUGACUCUGUGAUCUUCGGCGCAACCGAGCCACCAACAACGGCUGAGUUGGCCGCCACGCUCCAGGACUUUGACGCCGACUGGCACUUUGGCAGCAGCAGCAAAGCAGAUUGGCAGGCCGCUGUGAUUGCCGAGAAGGGCCACCUCUUCUCGGUGGGCAAGGAUUUGGUCAAGGAAAACUACACCAGUCACUUGUUGACGCUGCAGAGCCUUGACGUCGCCAUUUGCAGUCUGAACCGAGCCACCAUCGAGGCGAUCUGGUCGUCGCUCUCACUGGAGCUCUUCUACCUCACCAAUGAUGACGAGGAGCGGUACUCCAUUCAAGCGCACCAGAUUAUUCUGAGAAACCUUACCGUUCAGGCGGCCGAUCCGCCACUGGGCUACCCGCUCUACGCCUCUGAGCCGAUCAUCAUCAAUCAUUUAACGUGA